UUUUCUCGGAGCACGACAUGUGAUCGGAAAUGAAGGUUUCUAACGGAACUCUAAAGCCAGGCCUCAGAAUCGUCUUCAUCUGGGCAUUUUGGCACUGAGACAAACAGGUAUCCAUUACUGUAUUGAUUGAGAGAUCUAGAGGGAGACGACUCUCAAGCUAUCAGACAAUUUCCUCUUAAGAUUAACGCCAAAGGCAAAGUCUUUUUCAAUGGCAGUGAAGGCUAAUAGUUUGAUUACAAAAACAGCCUUCACAUGGCCGAGCAAAUGAUGAUUGGAAAAAAUGAAGGCAGGCUAAGGUUUGAAUUGGUACCAAGUCAGCGCGUCGUUGAAUUGAGUUGGAGAGAGCAUUCCCCCAUUUUUGAAGGAGUUCCUGAAAAUUCGUUCCAGAUGGAGGCGAUUCUGGGGCCUGAUUCACAGCCAUUUCAAACCUUUAUUUCCGAUCACUGGUCCAACUCUGAGGAGAAACGAUCCGAGGCUGAGUGGAUGUUCAACAUGAUGAAGCAAAAGGAUCCAGAGUCCAUUGCUCUUAAGCUUGUUGACUAUCUUGGCCCUUCCCAUGACAUUUAUUACCGUGAAAGGUGUGCUGGACUCCUUCGCAAGUUGCUUAAUGAUAAUGACUUGUGCACUUGGCAUAAUCUAAGUGUCUCCACUCAAUCUAUCAUCAAAUCUAUGAUCGUUGAUCGUUUCUCCGUUGAAGAACCAGGAUUCAUCAUUCAAGAGCUCCUUAUAACUGUUUGGACGCUUAUUGAUUCAGUUCGUGCAGAUAAAACCUGGCCUGAAUUAUUGCCACCCCUGUACCAAUGUGUCACUAAUUCCAGUUUAGACCCGUACUUAAAAGGGGCAGCUUGCAUAAUAUUUGCGAUUCUAUCUAAGGACAUAGGCGAAACAACAGUACCUUGCGUAAAAGAUUUGCACAAGCUAUUCCUUAAUACACUGAAUGAUGAUACCCUCCACCUCCAAGUGAGGAUCACUGCCGCAAGAGCUGUGAUCACCUUUAUUCAGAGCGUACCGAGUUCUAAUGAAAAAGAGCGGUUUCAAGAAUUAUUGCCAGGUAUGAUGAAGGCUUUGACUGACACAUUGAACAACAAGAGGAGGGAGGAUGCAGCAGAGCAGGUGCUGUUAUUUCUUAUAAAGUUGGCGAAGAAUGAACCUAGGUUCUUGAGGAGGCAGCUAGUGGAUGUGGUGGGUACCAUGUUUGACAUAGCAGAGGAUAAGAGUUUGGAAGAAAGGACAAGGCACUUGGCAAUUGAGUUCGUAUUAGCUUUGGUUGAGGCUAGGGAGAAGGCCCCUGGUAUGAUGAAGAAGCUGCCUUUGUUUACUACCACUUGUUUUGCAGUGUUGUUGAAUUUGUUGCUGGAUAUUAAGGACAAGCCUAGCUGGCAUAGUUCGGAGAUCUGGAAUGACCAGGCAGGGGUUACUGAUAACUACAUUUAUGGUCGGGAGUGUUUAAGCCGGUUUUCUAAAGCAUUAGGUGGCAAGACUAUAGCUCCUAUUGCACUAGAGCAGCUGGAUGCUUAUUUGAUAGUCCCUGAGUGGGAGAAACGGCACGCAGCUCUCAUUGCACUUUCUCAGAUAGCUGAAGGAAGCUCAAAGGUGAUGAUGAAGUAUUUGGAGCAAAUAGUGUAUAUGGUUCUGCAUGCUUUCCAAGAUCCUCAUCCUCGAGUCAGAUGGGCUGCUAUUAAUGCAGUUGCGCAGUUCUCAAUUGACUUCUGUCCACAUUUGCAAGUACAAUACCAUAACUUAGUAUUGCCUGCAUUAGCUGCAGCUAUGGAUGAUUUUCAACAUCCUCGAGUGCAGGCACAUGCAGCUUUAGCUGUCUCGGAUUUCUGUAAAUCUAACAAGCCAGAAACUUUGGUACGCUACUUAAAUAGAAUACUCAACAAACAGCUUGUACUUUUACAGAACGACAACGAAAUGGUUCAAAGAGCAGCAUUAAAGGCAUUGUCUGGUAUUGCUGAUUUAUCUAAGGAGCAAUUCCGAGAGUACUAUGAUUUUGUAAUGCCAUAUUUGAAAACUAUCCGGGUAAAUGCAAAUGAUAAAUCUAAUCACAAGCUUCAAGUCAGAGCCUUCGAGUGCAUAAGCCUGGUUGCAUUGGCUGUAGGCAAAGAGAAAUUCAGAGAUGACUUAGAGCAGGUUAUGGAAGUGCUCAAGUCAUUUCAAAAAUCACAAGUGAGAGAGUCUGAUACUAUUGUUUAUAUUCUACAGGCAUGUAACCGAAUUUGUCAGUGCAUAGGAAAGGAUUUUCUUCCUCACAUGAGUACAGUCAUGCCCUCUUUAGUUGAAUGUGCUCAAUUUGAGCCCGAUAAGACUGUAUCGACUGAUAAAUUGUAUGAUAGUAUACACAAAGUCAAGUUUGGGAAUGAAAUGAUAUGCAUCAAAGGAUGUGACCUCUUAGAGGUGAAAUCUAUAGCCUGUGGUCUCCUUGGUAGAUAUGCUCAUAAUUUGAAGGAAGAAUUCUAUCCAUGGAUUUCCCAGGUUGUUUCAGUUUUAGUUCCGCUUCUUAAAUUCUAUAUCGACGAUGAUGUCAGGAACUAUGCUAAUUAUGCAUUGUCAUCCCUGUUGCCUUCUGCUAAACUGGCGGUAGAUAAAGAGAUUGCUCAAGGUGGAAACCAGUCACACUUCAAGCAGUUGUCUGGCGAUAUAAUACUGGCUUUGGGGGAUGCUUUAUAUUCAGAGCCUCAGGCAAAAAUAUGUGCAAAUAUAUUAUGGGGAUUGAAUGAAUGCCUAUUGAUCUGUGGAUCACUUCUCAUGGAAGAUCAGGUCCGUAGCAUCAUCUAUGAGAUAAAGCACGUUCUUAUGGAAAGUUCACGCAGAAAUGGAGAACUCGCAAAGAGAGCAAAAUCAGAAGACUUUGAUGCUGAGGAGGCUGAAUUGCUGAGGGCUGUAAGAGAGCUAGAAGAAGAAGUUUGCAGAAAUGUUGGUAACAUAUUGAUUACAUUGAUCCAAACAUUCAAGGCUGCUUUCUUACCUUUUUUCGAUGAGCUUUCAUCAUAUCUAUUGCCUAUGAUGGGAAAGGAUAAAACAGCUGCAGAGAGAAGUGUGUGUUUUCAUGUUUUUGACAUACUUGUGGUGUAUUGCGGCGAAGCAGCUCUAAAGUACUAUAAUAUAUAUCUUCCUUUUCUUUUGGACUCAAGUGACGACGAAAAUCCAGUUGUUAGACAGAAUGCGCUUUAUGGACUUGGGUUGUGUGCGGAACAUGGUGGUUCUGUUUUCAAACCUUUUGUUGGAGAGGCUCUUUCGAGAAUCAAUGUAGUGAUAACACAUCUACACGAUCGUGAACCUGAGAAUUUAAGUGCAUAUUAUAAUGCUGCUUUUGCGCUUGGUAAGAUAUGUCAAUUUCAUCAGGAAAGUAUCGAUUCAACACAGAUUAUUCCGGCUUGGUUGAAUUGUCUGCCCAUAAAAGAGGACACGGUUAAAGCCAAAGUAGUUCACAAACAGCUCUGUUCAAUGGUUGAAAGAUCAGACGGAGAACUUUUGGGUCCCAACUAUCAGUACCUUCCAAAGGUUAUUUCAGUUUUUGUAGAGGUUUUAUGUGUUGGAGAGAAUCUUGCUACAGAUGAAACUAAAAAAUGCAUGAUUAAUCUUUUGAGGCAUUUUCAACAAACAGUACCAGCAGCCACCUUGGCAUCAGCAUGCUCAUUGUUAUUGCCGCAGCAGGAGAUGGAAUUGGAAUCCAUUUAUCACCCGAGGAAGAUGUUAACAUUUCGACACACGCAAUGUAACUACUAGUCUUGUGAACUUGUGGAAAUCAAUUCAUUUUGGUGCUUAGUCCACUCCUCUGAUUAAACAUUGUUCAUUUUGGAAUGAGAUUUUACGUUGGGAGGCUUAGGUGUGGAGAAAUAUGAAAACCGUGCAAGGCUAGUAGUGGAAACAUGUAUCUAUGUAUAAUUGUGUACAAUAACACUGUCUUGGCUGACUCUUGCUUCAAUUAGGAAAUGGGAGGGCAGAUAAUUAUGGCUUGUUAGAGUUUGUUGCUCACAUAUACUACUGGGAGAGUUGAUUCUUGUGAAACUUUUGGUCUAGUCAUCUUAUUCAGUGCACUAUUGUUAGGUGACCGAGUGGUUUUUCUUGUUCUUACUAGUAGCAUUAAUACGUACUCUCGUACUGUUUUUAGUCUUAAGUUUCUA